GGAGGGGGCGGGCCUUCCGCGUUGUGAGCAUCACUUGAGAUGCUGCCGAGUUUCACCAUCGGUCCCGAGAGAAGCAUGAACCAACGCUUUCCCUCCUGUUAGAGAGUCGAAAUCAACCAAACCAGGUGAAAUGAGGGACCGACUGUUCGAGCUGCAGACCAUCACCUCCAAACUUGAAGAGGAGAAUGACAGCCUGACCCUGGAGGCGGGGGAGAAGCUGGAGGAAUAUAUGGUGGUGUUUGAGGGAGAGGACGAGAUGAAGGCCGUCUACAAGGAGGCGCAGUCCAUCAGGAAGGAGAUCCUCCAUCUCCGUAUGGACGUGAAGAGUCUUGGGAAGCAGAAUGCCAGGUUCCUCACCUCCAUGCGGAGGAUCAGCAGCAUCAAGCGAGAUGCCAACGCCAUCGGGCGCGACAUCAAAGCCAGAGGAGAAGCCAUCUACGCCCGCCUGGAGAAGCUGCGCAGCAGAGCGGUGGAGGACGAUCAGGAGGCUUCAGCCGCACUCUCCCGCAUGGUCAAGUCCCAGCACGUGUCUCUGAUGAGCGCCUUCCAGAAGGAGAUAUCCGAGUAUCACGCGGCCGAAAUGUCGCAGAUGGAGAACUGCAAGAGACGCAUCCAGCGGCAGGCAGAGAUCAUGGGCCAGGUGGUGACCAGAGAGCAGAUCGACGAGAUGAUGCAGAGCGGCAAGUGGAACGUCUUUUCCGACAACCUGCUACUGGAGGGCCGAAGCGCCCGCUCCGCGCUCAGCGAGAUCGAGAACCGCCACAAGGAGCUGCUGGACCUGGAGGGCCGCAUCAGGGACAUCCACGAGCUCUUCUUCCAGAUGGCCCUGCUGGUGGAGGAGCAGGGCUGCAUGCUGGACAAUAUCGAGGCCCAGGUCUUGGGCACGCAGGACUACGUCCACAAGGCCUCUGAGCAGUUCAAGAAAGCUGUCGUGUACAAGCGGAACAACCCGUGUAGGAAGCUCUUCUGCUGUUGCUUCCCUUGCUGCAAGUGAUGAGCUGAUCUGGGAGUGAGGACUGGGAGGUCAGCUGGAGCAACAUCACAGACCGGGAGGGGGGAAAUCCUGGAGUGGAUUUUUGUAAUUUAUUUAUUCUAUUGAUGGAGAAGGGAAUUGAAUCCAUGUUGUGUGGCUGUUAGAAGCUGCGGGAGAUGUCUGGAUUUGUUAGGACGACCAGGGAUCGACGACGAAAGACAGUGCGCCACACUCACCCCCACUUCCUGUGCUGAUGAGAAGUCAGUUCACACCGGAACACUGAGGUGUGAUUCAUACCGGGAGGCGACUAUAAAUGUCAUGCGUUGCU